UUUCUUCAGAUGUGUUUGAAAUAUUUAGCUAAACUGGCUAAACUUUACCACAGCAUGUCUUUCUUUAGAAAACAUUUUGUAAACGUCACGGAUUUCCCAUUUUCUUUUGAUAUGCACGUUUAGGUAUGCCAUUAAUUUCAAUGUAAUAACUAAAGGUGAACGUGGCAAAGGACAGUUGAGGAUUCGGGGACUACACGCACGGCGUUCUACCAUGGUUAACUGUGUUGUCGUGGGGUGCAACAAUCGCUCCGAGAGAGGAGUGCGGCUGUACCGAUUUCCCAACGACCCUGUGAGGAAAAAGAGGUGGCUGGUCCAAGUGCGCAGGAGAGACCUUACAACUGCAAACUGCAAACACAACAAACUUUGUGAGGCACAUUUUGAGACGAGCCAGUUUGCCUGGACCAAAACUGGCAAAGUUCGUCUGUCGGCAGAUGCCAUACCCACCAUCUUUACGCAUCCCCCCGUGGACAAGAGCUGGAAGGAGACGAGGAAGAGGAGGAGGAGGAGGAGGAAGAUGAAGGAUGUUGGGUCGCACACCUCUGGUCCUGCCACCUCCUCUGCAAACGAGGAUCCGGAAUGGGAUACGCAAAUCUUGAAGUCGAGGUUACAGGAGGAGGAAGGUGAUUUGCAGCAGUCACAGGAUCAUGAAGUAGAGUUGUGCCAGACCCUGAGACUACAGGUAGAAGAUCUCCAGAAGAGACUUGAGGAGAAGGACAACAAACUCAAUGAGGCGAACGAGGUGAUCAGAGCACUGAGGGAUGAGGUGCAGACACUGCAGCAACGGCUGGAGCAGCACAGACGGUCUGGAGAUUACUCCGCUGGAAGGGAAGGUCUGCUGUGUUGGGGUGCAAGAACAAACGACCUCCUUACAUUGGUACCUGUGCAGCCAUGCGUGCUGACGGGAACGGUUCCAUCAGACUGUCGUCCCAGUGAGCCAGAGCCUGAUUCAUCAUAUGCAGGAGCAGGAACAUCACAUAAGGACCAGGAUGUUACAUCACAGAACCCUCCACUACGACCUCCUCUGGGAACCAGCAUUGGUCAUAGAACUGAGACAAGAACUGUCCUGUCAGACUGUCGUCCCAAUGAACCAGAGCUUGGUUCCUCAGAUGCAGGAGCAUCACAUAAGGACCAGGAUGUUCCAUCACAGGAUGUUGGUCUUAUAACUGAGCCAGAGCCUGGUUCUUCAGAUGCAGGAACGUCACAUAAGGACCAGGAUAUUACAUCACAGGAUAUUACAUCACAGCACCCUCUUGAAACCAACACUGCUAUUAAAACUGAGGAUGGCGAGAUCCCAGUCUUCCUGUCGUGCACCUCGGAGGACGACCCAGCAGACGCUCCAGCGUCUCCUGAUGAUGCUGAGCUGACAUCACCACGAGAGCCGAAUCUGCCUGUGUCGUCAGUGAAGCUAGAAGACUGCAGCCAACUGCUGAAUCUGCCUGUGCCGUCCUUGAGGCUACUAGAUUGCCGUGAAAUGGUUGGACCUGAUGGAAUUUUUAAGGUUCAAAUCGUAGAAGACCCCAGCGAUGAGGGUGACCAUGGCGACAAUCAACAGGACAUCAGUCAUCAGGAUGGUGAUGGUGAAGGCCCCAGCCCCAGCCAUGGCUCAAACGAUCCGAGCUUUGCUGAGCCUGUAGGAGAACAGAAGAAGCAGAGCAGAGACAAUAAACUCAAGAGAAAAAUCACUCAGAGACUCAAGGGGAAAACGACUCAGGGACUCCAGAGAAAAACUACUCAGAAAGUCAAGGGAAAAACGACUCAGGGACUUCAGAGAAAAACUACUCAGAGCCAAUCUCUCAAGUCUACUCGCAAAUUUCACAAUUGCAGAGAAUGUGAAGAGACAUUUACCUUUCCAAGCCAGCUGUUCAUUCACCAAAGCAUGCAUGCCAAAGAGAGUCGCGCCACUACCGCUCCACAUGAGAACACAUCCACCGACUCUCCCAACGCUGGAUGUCUCAACACUGAACGCUAUCAGGUUGAUCAUACCUAUGCAAAGCCCUACGAUGAAAACCACAAUGCUGACACGGCCCAUGCAGGAGAAAGGCCUCAAUUGACUGGUCCCACAUCCACUGACGCACCCACUGACUCUCCUAAAACUUUGAGCCAUCAGGAAGUAGAUGCGAUUCUAACGCCUGAGCCUUGCACCAUGCCCUUACUGAUACAACACUUGCAUUCACAAUCUAUGCCUAAACGUGGGAGACCUGUCUUAGUCACUGAUUACUCACCGCAUGGAAACGCACCCACUGACCCGACACAUAAAACCACAUCCAUUGACUCGUCCGACACUGGAAGCCAUCAGAAGAAGGUAGAUGACGUUAGUGUGACUGCAACGCCUGAACCCCGCAAUGAAAGCCACACAGCACAAAGGUCUUGUGCUCCUCCUCAGUACUACUUUACGAAGUUUUGUGUGAAUGCAACGCCUGAGCCUGGCCAUGAAAACCACUCUGCUCACACAGUAGAAGGGUCUCAUGUUUCUCCUCAGUACUUCUUCACUAAGUUUAAGCUGAUCAAACUCCCACAUUCACACCAGACACCGCAGCAUAAGCAGGGGGUACCUGAUGAUGAAAGGGGUCCUUAUCAAUGCGAUGUGUGUGGGAAAAUACUGAACAGUAAGUACAGUCUUACUGCUCACAAACAACUGAACAGUGAUGAAAAGCCUCACGCCUGCAAAAGAGAAAAGGUUACUCAUCAAUGUGAUGUCUGUGGGAAAAUACUUAGCAAAAAGGAAAGUCUUAUUUCUCACAAACGCUUGCACACAGGUGAAAGGCCUUAUGCCUGCAAACAAUGUGACAGAGCGUUCAGACAUCACAGUAAUUUCAUGAAGCAUCAGAUUACUCAUUCAGCAACAAGGCCUCGUUUUGAAUGUGACGUGUGUGGCAAACAGGUUUUAGCCAAAAAAAGUCUCAUCAUGCACAAAAGUCUUCAUGCCGAUACAAGGCAUUAUGCCUGCAAACACUGUGACAAAACUUUUGCACUCCACGCACUUCUGAAAAUGCACAUGAAGGGCCACACAGGUGAAAAGCGCCACGGCUGCACUCAGUGUGGGAAAGCGUUCGCGCAGGCAGGCCAUCUUCGCGCGCAUAUGAGAACUCAUUCGCAGGAAAAACCUCACAGGUGUUCAGUUUGUGACAAGGCGUUCAGUUUUCGGCGAGGAUUAAAAGUACAUUCAAGAAUGCAUACGGGGGAAAGACCCUAUUCCUGUUCUCAGUGUCCCAGGAGCUUCCCCACUACAGGUCAGCGCCGUAAACAUGAGGUUAGCCAUUCAGAUGAGAAACCAUACUUGUGUCUGGUGUGUGGUCAGAGAUACAAAACGAGACAGAGCCUUCAAACUCAUGAGUGGCUGCACACAGGAGAGAAGCCAUUGUCCUGUACACACUGCAAUAAGGCCUUCAGAUUUAAAUAUCUGCUUGCAGAACAUAUUCGAAUACACACUGGAGAAAAGCCCUACCAAUGCUCAGACUGUGGGGAGAGAUUUCACACUGUCACUAGACUCAAAAUCCACCAAGCUCAUCACCACGAAAAGGUGAACUCCUGCCAUGUUUGUGGGAAGGCUUAUAGUUCUGUAUAUUCAUUGAAGGUCCACCAGAGAGUGCAUACUGGAGAGAGACCCUACCAGUGCUCCAUCUGUGAGGAGAGAUUCCGAAACCCCGUGCCUCUACAGACGCACCGGAGAAAAGUGCACAAUAUCGAUUCCAACAACAGCCACCAGAGAGUUCACACUGGAGCAAAACAGGCAAAUGUACCAUCAGUGGGGAGGAAUGCGCCCACCCAAAGACUGCAGCCGCAGCAGAAAAAAGAAUAAAAAAUCAAGACUUCCAACUAGGGUUGCAAAGUUUCCAUAAAGUUUCUGAAAAAUGUCCUUGGAAACUUUGAUUUAAAAUUUUCAAAUUUGAAUAUUUGCAUAGGACUUAAUGGGAAUUCACCGAAAUGUCACUACAUAACUUAAUUUUAGCCCAUCAGGUUGUCCUGUAAGGCAUAGCACUAGCACAAUAGCCAUUUACAUAUCACAUCUAUUGUAACUGUACAGUGUAAUUCAUGAUAAGCAGAUCGAAACUGACCUCAAAGGGAAGAACAGAUUGGCUGAAAUAUGUUGCUUUAGUACACUGUAUAUGUUGUCUGAGAAAAGUUACUUAAGAGGAUUGCGAAAUUCAUGUAGGGGGUCUCAAUGGCUCAGCAAAAAGUGUGCUAUUAAGUGUGUACACAUACUUGCCUCAGUGCAACCAGAGCACUUGGCACGAUACUGGGGGCAGAUGGCCAACAGGACUCUCAUUAAUGUUUUCCACCAUUGCUUGAUGCUAUCACGACCUCAACAUGGGUGUUCAGAAGAUUACCCUUCACGGUUUUAUCAAUAUUGCAUUGUUCACGCACGUCUGUAUACUUCUGCGUCAGAUUAUUCUACCACGUGCAUAAUGGACAUAAAAUAUGCAUGGCAAUGUGUUAGUCGCAAAAUGUGCCUGUGUCCGUAUCCUACAGAGCCUAAGGAACAGAAUGUUUUACGUUUUAUGUAUCAUUUAAGUUCAUUUAACCAUUCACAUAAUCAGUUCAUUUGUUUAAGAGUGUAGAGACACUGGAAAACCUGAAAGUCAAGUGAAAUGCAUAAACCAAUUAAGAUGCCUCAUGUAAACAGUCAGAUAAUCUCCUUGAAUAUUCAUUUAUUGGGAAAAGGCAUUUGAUGCAGUAUGGUACUGGAAACACAAAUGAUUGUCUGUGAUGUAUAUAGUCUAUUUGUUAAUAAACAACAGAUUGCUAUUUGC